AUGGCCUCCAACAGCAGCUCUGCCAGCUGCGGCAUGCAGGUGGACGCGGCGCCGAUUGGCGGGCGGCGGCGCGUGCCUGCUGCCGGUGCCGCGCUGGAGGCCAUCGUGCUAGACCCGGCGGCGGCGGGGCUGGGGGACAGCGCGGCACCCAGCCUGGCCGCCCACCAUGGCCCGCCGCUCUGCUCCUCCCCGUCCCCGCCGACACCGCCACCCGCGCCCCAUUGCCCGCGGGGAACCCGGCGUCUGUCGGAAACUGGGGCCGGGAUACGGCGGAGCGAAGGCGCGGGGACGCGAGGGGGUCUGCGCGCCGCCGCUUCCCUGCCCCACAUCGCGCGGGGCCGCUGGGAAGAGGGCGGCGGGCGGCGGAGCCCCUGCCUGCUCGUAGCGCUGCGGCCGUGCAAUGUGGAGGCGGAGCGGGAGCGGUUCUUCCGCGCCAGCUUCGCGUAUGACCCGCAGUUCGAGUACGCUGAGCCCGUGCCCGCCGCCGUGCUGGAUAGGUACGCGGCCGCCUCCGAUCGCUUCGUUGCUCAGGCAAUCAGGAUCAUUCGCGCUGUUCUGGAGAAGUAUGGGACCUAUGAGAGCUUCGAAGUCGCCACGGGCGGGAGGCUGCUGAGCAAGUGCCAGAUCUGGUCUGUGAUCCGAAAGUACAUGCAGAAGGAAGGCUGUGUGGGAGAGGUGGUGGUGCAGCUCACUGACGACCUCCUGUCCCAGGCGGUGAUGAUGGUGGAGGACAGCCGGCCGACACUGGCCAUCAACCUGGCUGGAGCCCGGCAGCACUGGCUGGAGGGGAUGCUGCGCCACGAGAUCGGCACCCACUACAUCCGGGGGGUAAACAACACCCACCAGCCCUGGCACAGCUCCGAGGGCCGCAAGCAGUACAGCCUGAAGCCAGCCAACCCCACAGAGGAAGGCUUGGCCAGCCUGCACAGCGUCCUCUUCCGCAAGCAGCCCUUCCUGUGGCGGGCAGCCCUGCUCUACUACACCAUCGAGCGCGCCAGCCGCCUCUCCUUCUCCGCCCUCUUCCAGGACCUGGAGCAGUAUGUCCAGGAUGCCGGUAUCCGGUGGGAAUACUGCGUGCGGGCGAAGCGGGGCCAGACCGACACCUCGCAGCCAGGCUGUUUCAGUAAGGACCAGGUCUACCUGGACGGGAUUCUCCGCAUCCUGCGCCAUCGGCAGACCAUCGACUUCCCAUUGCUGGCCGCACUUGGAAAGGUCUCCUAUGAAGAUGUGAAUCGGCUGAAAAAAUUUGGGGUCCUGGAGAAGGCCCGCAUCCCCCAUUUCAUGCAGGACCUGGAGCGGUACAUGAAGCAGCUGGACCACAUCGUCACCACCAACGGCCUGAAUGAGGAGGAGCUGGAGCAGCUGCUGCCUGACUGAGGGGCAGCAAUCCCCCAAAGCCGGCACCCCAAGGGUGUAACUGCUGGGAUUUACGUGAUAUGUAUUGGGACUGGAGCCUUGAGGAGUGGGCAGAGCCUGGGCCUCCCUCUGCGCCCAGGCGGCUGCUGUGCAUGUUCUGCUGUGUAGGGUAGCACUGGUGUGGUUCGUGUUGAUAUCGUGUCCCCCACACCAUCCCCUCUGCACUUGUGGGGAUGGCUGCGUGGUUCCACAUGGCUCUGAGGAGCUGGACAAGAGGGUUCAGAGGGAGCAAGGGCAAAGCUGUAGCAUGUGCUGGCACGCCAGACGAGGCUAUGCAGGGCAGUUGUAGUGGGGGGGGAUGUCCUUAAGGUACAUGGGGUGCUCCCAGCAGAGUGAGGGGCACCUACUCAGGGCUUGGGGCUCUGGCCUGUGCUGUCAGGGAAUAAGGGCUGGCCCAUACCCACUGAUCACCCCAUGCAUGUGUUCCCCCUCCCUAUUCUUUCCCUCAUGCAGCAGGAAGGAUUUUAACCCCUCCAAAUCCCUGCUCUCCACCCCGGAUAUUUGCCCACCAUUAACCAUCGCCCUGCAGCCACUGCCUGGCUCUGAGGACUCAGGGUGGGAAUUGGGCUUGUUGUUAGAAAAAAGCAUGUAAUAAAACUGAUGUCAUGGAAA